AUGCAGAUGGGGAAUUGCUCAGCGGUCACUGAAUUCUUCCUGGUGGGACUUUCCAAAUACCCAGAACUCCAGCUUUUUCUGUUCUUUCUCUGCCUCAUCAUGUAUGUGAUAAUCCUCCUGGGAAACUGUCUCCUCAUUAUCAUCAGCAUACUGGAUUCUUGCCUCCACACUCCCAGGUACUUCUUCCUUAGGAACCUCUCAUUCCUGGACAUCUGUUAUACAUCAUCAUCCAUUCCUCCAAUGCUCAUCAUAUUUAGGUCCGAGACAAAAUCCAUCUCCUUCAUUGGCUGUGCUCUGCAGAUGGUUGCCUCCCUUGGGUUGGGCUCCACUGAGUGUGUCCUCUUGGCUGUGAUGGCCUAUGACUGCUUUGUGGCCCUCUGCAACCCACUGAGGUACCCCAUCAUCAUGAACAGAGUGCUUUAUGUGCACAUGGCUGCUUGGUCCUGGAUCAUAGGCUGUAUGAAUUCCUUAGUGCAAACAGCCCUGACAAUGGUGUUGCCUUUCUGUGGAAAUAACACUAUUGAUCAUCUUACCUGUGAGAUCCUGGCCCUUCUUAAACUCAUAUGCUCAGAUAUUUCCAUGAACGUGCUUAUCAUGACAGCGGCAAGUAUUGUUUUACUGGUGAUUCCUCUGCUGUUAAUUUUCAUCUCCUAUAUUUUUAACCUCUCUUCCAUCCUGAGAAUUAAUUCUACUGAGGGGAGAAAGAAAGCUUUUUCUACCUGUUCAGCCCACCUCACUGUGGUUAUCUUAUUCUAUGGUUCAGCUCUUUUUAUGUACAUGAAGCCCAAGUCAAAGGACACAAAAGCAUCUGAUGAAAUCAUUGGACUGUCUUAUGGAGUGGUAACCCCGAUGUUGAACCCCAUCAUCUACAGCCUGAGGAAUAAGGAGGUGAAAGAGGCUCUGAAGAAAGUCUUGAGUAGACACUUAAAAUCAUGGAAAAUAUGA